AUGGAGGGCGUCGAGGUUGACCUCCCCCCACUUGGUCAGGUCGGCAGAGCUACCAAUGUAACGGUGGACCAACGUCACGUCCGCCAUCAAGCCCUCGUACUGCUCGGACCCUCGAUCGCGGAUUCCAGGAAUGUGGAUAUCGCUCAGAGGCAUCGAGCGCUGAGCAAUGAUGUCCGCGAGAUACCAGAUGAAGCGGACGGAGGGAGGCUGGACACGGGAACACGUAAAUCCAUUAUCAUGCGCGUCUUCCCUCGCCAUGUGCAUGCUCGCGCUGCGAGCAUGCAAAAUCCAUCGCUCCCGAACGAAGCUGGUCUUCAGAGCGUCAUCGAGCACUUCUCGAGCCAGAGGACAGCUCCUCCUGAGGUCCUGACUCGCAAACGCGCCGCCACCUAUCAGCGCCUCACCAUGCAGCUGACGCUGGAAGCGCUCUUGUCUGCUCCUCCUGAGGUCCUGGCUCGCAAACGCGCCGCCACCUAUCAGCGCCUCACCAUGCAGCUGACGCUGGAAGCGCUCUUGUCUGGUGCGAGGCGCAUGACGCCCUUGCGGGCGCAAGCACUUCUCGAGCCAGAGGACAGCUCCUCCUCGGACUUUGUCGAGUCGCCCGAGGAGUCUUCGCCGGAGGUCUCCGACUCCGAUGGGGGAAACCCUUCGAGUGGCCCCGACGAUGGGCGCGGAGCUGGCGACUCGGAGGCGUCUCCGUCCCUCACUGUGACGUCGGGUGCCUCCGGAGAGCUCGACACCACUGGGGUGCUUGCUGCUGGUCCGAGCUCGCCUGCUUCCUCCCCGAGCAUCGGUCGGGUCACGCCGGUCCUUGGGCAUUGCCGCGGCGUCGCCGCCGUCACGGGCGGCUACCACUGA